AUGCUUGUCGAGCUUUGCGCAGCGCACAAGCAGCAAAUGAAAAGUCUUCGCGGAGCUGUUUCUGAGGUGCAAAACGUGCACAGCGCUUUCAAAACCGAGCUGAAAACAAAGCAACGCGAAUUUAAAGAGGCUGCCUUUGAAAAUCACGAUUUGAGUCAACCAGCAAUGACGAAACUACUCCUCAUCACACGAGUACAAGAGACAAAAAUUGAAGAAGCCUUUGAGGAGUGUUUGGGGUCAUCUCGUUUAAUCAAAAUUCGAGUUGCGUUCACAGACUUUGCAAAGCAACUUGCUCGUCGAGGAACCGAAAACAUUUUAAAACAAGCAAUGGCUGAAGCGACAAAUCUCGUCAAUCAGAGGUGGAAAGAACAUCUUACCAGAAAAGCUGAGAAAUCUCGCUUUGCCGAGUAUCUGACGCUACUCCUUCAAGAUAGUGCUGAGUCAACUGCAGACUGCACAGCU